CUAAUUUUGCUUUAUCAGUUAUAUCAAUAGGUGCCUUGGAAUAAAUUCCUCAGCCACUUCAUCAUCUUUAGUUCCAAUUAAUUUCCUCUAUAAAAACCCUAAGUUUGUCACUAGUGUUUUCUACCCAACACUCCUCACACUAUUCUCUCAAUUUCUCUUUAAAGAAUGAAAAUGUUUGUCAAGAUUGCAUGUUUGGUGGUUUUGUGCAUGUUGAUUACAUUUGCACCCCAUGCAGAGGCAGUGACUUGUGGCCAAAUACAGGUUGGGGUGGUGAAUUGCCUUCCUUAUUUGCAGAACCGUGGCCCAAUAGGAGGCUGUUGUGGUGUCAUUAAAGAUUUGCUUAAGCUUUGUAAAACACCACAUGAGCGUAGAAAAUCAUGUAGAUGUGUCAAAAAAGCUGCUAAUACUAUAAAAGGCAUUGAUUUUGGCAAAGCUGCUGGUCUCUCUGGAGUUUGUGGUGUCAAGAUUCCUUUUGAGAUCAGCCCCUCUGUUGACUGCUCCAAGGUGAAGUGACGUUAAUGAAAGAGAUUCAUUUUCCAUAUCAUAAUAUAUGGUAGUAGCACAAUCAUGUGGACAAGAAUAAGAUAGGUCGAGAUUGAUCCUGCUUAAUCACGGAUCGUGUCCGUUUUCUCUCUCUUUAGCUUCUUUGUGUGUUUUUUUUUUUAACCGUACUCGAAGUCUUGUAAUAAAACUUUGGAGGUUUGUUAUAAUACAAUCCAACCUUGAUAAUGCAUGUUCUAUUUUAUUCA